GUGGCUCCGGUGUCUGAUUGGAUGUAUUAUGACUCUGUAUAUGUGGAGCGCUAUAUGGGUUUCCCCACACCUGAAGACAAUUUGAAAAACUAUAUCUUGUCGUCGACAUUGAAUAAUGUGAAGCAUUUGAAUGGAAAACAGUUUCUUGUUAUGUUUGGCACCGCAGAUGAUAACGUACACACAAUGAAUUCAAUGAUGCUCUUGAAGUCUAUGAAUGAGGCGAAUAUCAAAUACCAAACGCAGAUAUAUCCCGAUAAUAGACACAGUUUACACCAAUCAAUGGCUCACAUGUAUAUACGAAUGAUCGACUUCUUCGACCACUGUUUCAAUCACUCUGUAUAUGUGGAGCGAUAUAUGGGUUUCCCCACACCUGAAGACAAUCUGAAAAACUAUAUCUUGUCGUCGACACUGAAUAAUGUGAAGCAUUUGAAUGGAAAACAGUUUCUCGUUAUGUUUGGCACCGCAGAUGAUAACGUACACACAAUGAAUUCAAUGAUGCUCUUGAAGGCUAUGAAUGAGGCGAAUAUCAAAUACCAAACACAGAUAUAUCCCGAUAAUAGACACAGUUUACACCAAUCAAUGGCUCACAUGUAUAUACGAAUGAUCGACUUCUUCGACCACUGUUUCAAUCGUAAUAUUAAACAUAAAUGA